GUUCGUAACGAAAGGCUUAGUACAGCGGGGACGACCUGUUCUAGGGCCUUGCUUAGGACGGCAAUACCAGUUAAUAGGGAGCAGACAGUAAGCCAGCAGGAGGCCUGCUGCUGCAGGAGCCAUGUUUUUCCAAUCAGGAUGUGAGAAUGGAGACAUAGACAGCGUGGUCAGUGAAACUGAAGAAGAGCCAUUCAGUCUGCUGGAAAACAUUUCACAGCUAACACUGUCAUCAGAUGGGGUGCUAGAUGAGGCGUGGCUGGCUGACAGCUGCCUGUCAUAUGCCGACCGCUCGUCCGUGACGUCGGCCUCCGACACGGACCUCUCCCCGGACGGGACCCUCGCCGCCAGGUCCGGGGACUCAGAGGAGGAGCCAACAGCCGGGGGCGACACGGCGCCCUGCUGCCAUGGCCUGAACAACCUGAGCACCGUCUAUGAGCGGAGCGGUGACGCCACGGGUGAUGGGAGCCUUAACGCCACCUGCGAGCCCGACGUGGCCAGCGUGGCGUCUGACUGCCAGUCACGCUGGUCUGACUUCGUGUCGUCAGACGAGGAGUACUUCACAGCCGACGGCGGCUCGAGCGCACCGCCGGCCGCCGAGCUAGCGCGCCGACUGCGCGAGCUGGGCUACUCGCCGGGCCCAGUAACGGCCGACACGGUGUCGCUCUACCGGCGCCGGCUGGCGCAGCUGGAGGAGCACGCCGCCCGCUUCACGCCGCAGCUGGACGCCUGUCUCCGUGCGGCGCCUGCGCAACUGGGUCGGCUGGCAGCGCUGGAGGAGAGCGCUGCCGCGCGCCGCUCCUGCUUCAACUAUCUGCUGUUGGACCCACGCGUCACGGCGCGCGGCGGGUCGGGCGGGCCUCUGCCGUUCGCCACCUUCGUCGGCGCCGUGUUCUACGUGGGUAAGGGGCAACAGAGACGGCCAUACAGCCACCUGGUGGAGGCGACCGGCGCGCCGGGCGCCGCCGCCUGCGCCAAGGUGGAGCACAUCCGCGCCAUAUGGCGCGCCGGCUUCGGGGUGGUGCUGCUGUGCGUGUUCCAGCACCGGCUGUCGGCCGAGGCGCUGACACGCGAGGCGGCCAUGAUCGACGCCAUUGGGCUGGCCAACCUAACCAACGUGCGGCGGGGCGAUUACUACGGCCCGCCCAAGGGCUGGACGUCGGCAGAGCGCCGCCAGCUGGGCGCGGGCCUGCUUCACAAGGCCUGGCGCAUCUACCUGGUGGAGGGUGAGACUCAGCUGAAGCCCGAGGACAUCGGCAAGUGAUCCUCUGAUCCGCGCGGCCGGGCGGCAGACCCGACUGAAGCCCGAGGACAUCGGCAAGUGAUCCUCUGAUCCGCGCGGCCGGGCGGCAGACCCGACUGAAGCCCGAGGACAUCGGCAAGUGAUCCUCUGAUCCGCGCGGCCGGGCGGCAGACCCGACUGAAGCCCGAGGACAUCGGCAAGUGAUCCUCUGAUCCGCGCGGCCGGGCGGCAGACCCGACUGAAGCCCGAGGACAUCGGCAAGUGAUCCUCUGAUCCGCGCGGCCGGGCGGCAGACCCGACUGAAGCCCGAGGACAUCGGCAAGUGAUCCUCUGACCCGCGCGGCCGGGCGGCAGACCCGACUGAAGCCCGAGGACAUCGGCAAGUGAUCCUCUGACCCGCGCGGCCGGGCGGCAGACCCGACUGGGAUA